CACAACAACUUGUGGAAUCUACACCGAUAAAAGAGCCACAGAGAGAAAGAGAGAGAGAGAGAGAGAGAGAGCUCUUCAUAGAUCUCCAAAGUACAAAGUGGUGGAGGAGAGAUGAAUAAUAAUAAUAAUAAUAACAAUAAUAAUGAGCAAAAAAUAAUCAAAAAAUAAAAAUAAAUUAUUGCGAGUGAGAGGGGUAACUUUGCGGUGAGGUUACCGAAGGAUCAGCAGUGGCGGCAGAGGCAGAGGCGGCGGCAACGGCGGCAGAGGACGAGAUUCGGAGGACCUGGCGGGGCGAUUGGGGGGUGUCGCGGUCGGGUGCGCCGCCCUACGGCGAAGGAGGAUCGGGGCGCGGGUGAUGGCGUGGUGGCACAACAAAGUCGUCUUCCCCGUCAAGCGUGCGUGGCUCGCCGUCGCCGCCCGGGUCAAGGCCCGGAAGGACGGUAGUGGCAUUCUUAAGCUUCACGACGACGUGCAAACUUGCGGGUAUCAGGAUGUGCAAGUGAUGUGGGAGAUACUGCGGUCGGAGAUGGAGCUCUCGCGCAAUCUGAAGCAGCGGAGGCGGUUGUUCCCGAGGCGGUCGACCUGGUCGAACCGGUCUACGCCGGGCGCGGUCCAAUAGAAAAUACUCGAGCUGAGCCAAUCCCAUCAAUUUGGUCCAUCUUGAUGAGACUAGAACAUAUUUAAGCUUUAGGUUUUGAGCUCAUCUCAUCCCUCACCUCUCCCUCCCUACAAUUAAUAAGGUUGGUACUUAUGUUGAGAUGUAUGGCAUGGGCAUCCACAUAUGUACAUGUACAUAAAGGGGGAAAUUAACCAUGCUUUCCCUCUCUUUGAAUUUGUAAGGGGGGUUGUAGGGACUAAAAAGAAGAUAAAUAAAGUGACUUUGUUCUGAAAAA